AUGAACUCGACAGGCCACCUUCAGGAUGCCCCCAAUGCCACCUGGCUGCACGUGCCUCAGUCCCCGGGCCUGGACAAUGGCACCUCUCUGCAGGAGGACCUCCAGGACCUCAUCCACACGGCCACCCUGGUGACCUGCACCUUCCUCCUGGCCGUCAUCUUCUGCCUGGGCUCCUACGGCAACUUCAUCGUCUUCCUGUCCUUCUUCGACCCGGCCUUCCGCAAAUUCCGGACCAACUUCGACUUCCUGACCCUGAACCUGUCCUUCUGUGACCUCUUCAUCUGCGGCAUCACGGCGCCCAUGUUCGUCUUCGUGCUGUUCUUCAGCUCCGCCAGCGGGAUCCCCGACGCCUUCUGCUUCACCUUCCACCUCACCAGCUCUGGCUUCAUCAUCAUGUCCCUCAAGACGGUGGCCGUCAUCGCCCUCCACCGGCUGCGCAUGGUCCUGGGGAAGCAGCCCAACCGCACAGCGCCCUUCCCCUGCACCCUGCUCCUCACCCUGCUCCUGUGGACCACGAGCUUCACCCUGGCCACCCUGGCCACCCUGAAGACCAGCAAGUCCCACCUGUGCCUCCCCAUGUCCAGCCUCAUCGCCGGGGAGGGCAAGGCUGUGCUGUCCCUCUACGUGGUGGACUUCACUUGCUGCGUGGCCGUGGUGGCCGUGUCCUACAUCAUGAUCGCCCAGACCCUGCGCAAGAACGCCCAGGUCCACAAGUGCCCGCCGGUCAUCACUGUGGAUGUCUCCCGGCCGCAGCCCUUCAUGGGGGCCGCGGGGAAGGCGGCAGCGGGGGACCCCAUGCCGGCGCUCUACAGGAACCAGAACUACAACAAGCUCCAGCAGCAGCAGCACGCGCAGGCCCAUGGGUACCCCAGGAGCCUCAGGCAGCUGCCCACCCCGGUGGCCAGCCGGCUGCAGCUGGUGUCGGCCAUCAACCUGUCGGCCGCCAAGGACUCCAAGGCGGUGGUGACCUGUGUGGUCAUCGUGCUGUCCGUGCUGGUGUGCUGCCUGCCGCUGGGCAUCUCCCUGGUGCAGGUGGUCCUGUCCAAGAGCGGCAGCUUCAUCCUUUACCAGUUUGAACUGUUUGGCUUCACGCUCAUCUUCUUCAAGUCGGGACUCAACCCUUUCAUCUACUCGCGGAACAGCGCCGGGCUCCGGAGGAAGGUGGUCUGGUGCCUCCAGCACGUGGGGCUUUCAGACGUGUGCUGCAAGCAGAAGACGCGCCUCCGAGCCGUGGGCAAGGGCAACCUGGAAGUGAACAGGAACAAGUCGUCCCACCACGAGACCAACUCGGCCUACGUGCUGUCCCCGAAGCCCCACCGGCAGUUCGUGGACCAGGCCUGCGGGCCCAGCCACUCCAGGGACAGCGUGGCGAGCCCCAAGUUCUCGGCCGGCCAGCUGCACUACGGCCAGAGCAGCUCGACGCCCAUCAACACACGCAUCGAGCCCUACUACAGCAUCUACAACAGCAGCCCCUCCCGGGAGGACAGCGCCCCGCAGCCCCGCCAGCCCGGCAGCACCUUCGGCUUUGCCCAUUCCUACAUCGCCAUGCACUACCACACCACCAAUGACCUCAUGCAGGAGUACGACAGCAACUCGGCCAAGCACAUCCCGGUGCCGUCGGUCUGA